AACCCACUCUAUCUCCAUGAGCAUGGCGAUGACUGGCUGACCCAUCAACCAACCAGCCCACAGCGAGUUAAUCGGCCAGCGAAUUAUAGGCGUGAGAGACGACUGAGUACAACAAGACCUUGGUCAGGGGCGGGCCUUCUUACUAAGAGAGCUAUCUCAAUGGAGCAGGAGUCCUACAGCUCCAGGUCUGAUAAUCCAGGGUCUCCUGUAGUCCAGGCUACCCCGUCUCCCCCCACCCCAACAGGAGGGGUGGUUCUGAGGAGGCCCAGUAGGGAUGCUUCCAUUGAGUCACUCGAUAGAACAUGGACCCAGGACCGCACUACCAACCCCAGGCCCCCCUCAGACCCCAAGCCCCUGUUCAGCCCUGCCCCUCAGUCCCCUCACAGGGUGUCCUGGGUUGAGGACAGGGUAUGGCUCUCCAAACCGCCACCCCCCUCCCUCCUCCGCCCCCCCUCCCUGGAGAUGGACUCGCUGUCAAUCAGCAGCAUGGAGGAGGAGCCGGAGUCGGUCACCAGCCCCUCCCACUCCCCCCACCCCUCGCAUCGUUUGGCCGACAAGGUGAAACACCGCCUCUCGGCUGUGGGCCUGGCCAUUGGUGGGCUGGGGUGUCCACAGAAGAGGGUGACCAAGCGGGUGCAGGAGCUCAGCAAGCGGAGGGGCGGUUUGUUUGCCGAGGCAGUGAUGGGAUUCGUUGAGAUGACCCUAGGGGCUGGGUUUAUCCCUGACAUGACAGGUGCGGACCUGCUUCAGGAGGUGCGUACGGCUCUCACUGCCCUGAGAGAGACACUGCUGGACUGUCCUGAGAUACACAUCCUCAUAGACAGUAUGGCGGACACACCCGACGGGGAGCUGGAUGCCAUACUGGAGCUCUCCCUACACAAGGUGGCCCUAAAGCCUGUGAGCGCCCACCUGUACACCUGCCUCCAGAGCUGUUGGGACCAUGACGGUAGCCUGCGGAAGCUGAGGGAGAACCAGCGGCUCCUGGAGGGCCGGGGGGUGGAGGAGCUGGAAGGGACGCCUGGGGCGGGGGUCCCUGACCCUGUCACCCUGGAGAAGAUCCAGCAGAGGUGGUCAGCCAUGCACCAGUCCUACUCCCCCAGCAGGAAGGUCCAUAUCCUGCUCAAGGUCUGCAAGACCAUCUACCACAGCAUGACGGCCAAUGCCAACCCAGGUGUGGUGUAUGGGGCUGAUGACUUCCUGCCGUGUCUGACCUGGGUGCUUCUGCGUAGUGAUGUGGUCACUCUGCAGCUGGACACUAACUACAUGAUGGAGCUACUGGACCCCACACAGCUGCAGGGAGAGGGAGGUUACUACUUGACGUCCCUGUAUGCCUCUCUCUUCUACAUCAGCAGCUUCCGCCCUCGUCUCGCCACGCGCCAGCUCAGCACCGAGGCCCAGCAAUCGCUGAGCCAAUGGCAUCGCAGGCGCACCCUGCACUGCAACCAGUCACGACGCAGCACAAAUCGGAGGACCCUCCGGAGACCUGGGCACAGUGAGAAGUUAUGUUAUGCAGAGACUGAAACUGGCACAGGAACUGUAACUGGUGCCCUACCGGCGCCCUCUAGUGUUGUGGCCAAGGCACUGCACAUAAUCUCAGAGGUGGUGGUAGCGGAGGAAGAGGGCAGCAGAGCAGAGGGCCAAGGAUCCCCAGCUGCACAACUCCAGGCCUCGCCUCGGAAGGAGAAAGAGAUUAUAGUAGAAGAGUUGGACGGACAUCCAGCCGGGAGUGAAGUGGACUUGGAGGGAGGGGUCAGACCAUGGAGGUGUGUUGUAGAGGGUUUAGAGAGUGAGGAAGGGCAGGCUAGUCUCCACAGGGUCCAUGAGGAACUCUGUGCCAGGUCAGUGGAGCUAGAUGACCAGACAGGCACACAGAUAGGUCAGCAGAGGUCAGAGUGGACUGGGCUGCCAUUGGGAGACUGAUGACCCAGAGGAGCCAGUCUGUCUAGAACCCUGGGCUUUGCCGCAAGCACUUAACUGGCAAACGUAAUGUAAACGUGUUAAGCAAAACAUUUAUUUUACAACUCCUGGUUUCAGUUGCAUUGAAAUACACCCAAUAAGACAAAGAUAAUGGUCUGACUAGGUUGAAUUUGGGUCAUUUGAAAUAUUAUGUGCUUUAAAUUGUUUGUAGAAGAUAUUUCCCAUGAGUGUUGCAAAUUGUGACGUUUGUAAUAUUUUCAUUGACAUUCCUUAGAGAAAUUACUCUCAGUGGGGCCAAUUAAAUGGUCAAUUUGGGGCAAAUGAUGGAGGCUAGGCCAUCAGCAGGCUGGCUCCAUGGUUAGAACACUGUUGAUGUAUUUUACAUGUUGACCACUAGGUUGCAGUACCACACCUUUUUUGUCUGUUUCGUCUUGGUUUUAGUAGUCAAGCAUGAUAACAGUGGAGCUCAUAAGCGCAUA